AUGCCUGUUAACCGACAAGUCUUUUCAGCUACAUCUGAAGAGAAGACGUCCCAGUCAACGGCAAAGAAGGGCGAAGAUUUAACGGAGUACGGAGACUACGUGCGCGGUUCAGACGCUGCCAACUAUAAUCAAUGGUGUAGGAAGGAUAAUCCUCGUGACUGCCUUGAAACUUACGGUUUGGCAAACAUGGACCGUUUUGACUUCGAAGGUCUGCUGAUGACGAGCAAACAAGACGACCUUAGAGACGUGAGGGAAGCCUUCACACCCAGUGUCCCCGAGAUGAAAAAAAUGGGCGCGAAACCUCAGGAAUUCAUCACCAGUUGCAGUUAUGACCGCACCACUUGCUCCUUCAGAGACUUCUACCAGUGGCAGAGUGAUACGUAUGGAAACUGCUACACCUUCAACUCGCCCAACUUCUACGAUAACGUCAAUGGAACCCUCGUAAAACGGCCUCUGCUUUUGACUUCUAAAUCUGGUUACCAGGUAAAGUUUCCUCUGUGGUUUUAAGCCUUGCUUUCGUUAGCAGGAAGCUGGAAUGCUAUCGUGUUUUUAUCAGUGACAAUGACAACUCUCUUGAUGGGUUUAUACUAAAGAUCCGAGAGGAAAUACGGUCUUGAUGACCUUACAGAAUAAGAUCUGAGAGGGAAACACGAUCUUGAUGACCUUAUACGAUAGAGUCGAGACAAAAUACG